UUCAGGUCAAAACCCCGCUGAUGCAGGCUUUCGACCUGAAACAUCAACUGUUCCUUCCUCACCCCCUCACAGAUGCUGCUCAACCUGCUGAGUUCCUCCAGGAGAUGGUUUGUUGCUCCAGAUUCCAGGAUCUUCAGUCUUGUGUCAGCCAUCCCGGGAACCAGUCAAGGUGAAUCCUCACCGCACUCCACUGUCAAAAGUACAUCCUUGGUUGUUGCUGUGUAUGGAGCUCUAUCUGACCUACUGUCUGUGGCCAGUAGUAAACUGAGUAUUAAGGCAGCCCACCUCUACAAUGGGAAGGGUGGUCUCAUAGAUGACAUUGCACUGAUCAGAGAUGACGAUGUAUUGUAUGUAUCUGAAGGGGAGCCGUUUAUAGACCCUGAGGCAGACGAGAAGGACAUUGAUGAGAAGUCAGCGAUGUGUACUGACUGGAUAACACUAAAUGUUGGUGGACAGUACUUCACCACGACACGGAGCACUUUAGUGAACAAGGAGCCGGAGAGUAUGCUUGCCCACAUGUUCCGAGACAAAAGUGCCUGGGGUAACAAGAAGGAUCAUCAAGGAGGCUUCCUCAUUGAUCGUAGCCCAGAGUACUUCAUGCCCAUCUUAAACUACCUGCGUCAUGGGCAACUUAUUGUGAACAAAGGCCUCAACUUACUGGGAGUUCUCGAGGAGGCAAAGUUCUUUGGCAUAGAUUCUCUAAUUGAACAGUUGGAGCAACUAAUUAAGAAUUCGCUACCAGCUGAAGACCAUUCUCCCAUUUCCCGGAAGGAGUUUGUCCGCUUUCUGUUAGCAACGCCAACAAAAUCAGAACUCCGGUGUCAGCAGGGUCUGAAUUUCAGAGGAACCGAUCUAUCCCGACUGGACCUUCGCUACAUCAAUUUUAAGAUGGCUAACCUCAGUAAUUGCAACCUCAGUCACGCAAAUCUCUGCAGUUCGAACCUCGAGCGGGCAGACCUGUCGGGAGCGAUCCUGGAUGGUGCCAAUCUCCAAGGGGUGAAAAUGCUCUGUUCCAAUGCAGAGGGGGCAUCGCUGAAAGGAUGCAAUUUUGAAGAUCCUUCAGGUCUCAAGGCUAAUUUGGAAGGUGCAAAUCUGAAAGGAGUGGACAUGGAAGGAAGCCAGAUGACUGGCAUCAACCUGAGAGUGGCCACCCUGAAGAACGCCAAGCUGAAGAACUGCAACCUUCGAGGGGCCACGUUAGCAGGAACAGACUUGGAGAAUUGCGACCUUUCUGGCUGUGACCUGCAGGAGGCAAACCUUCGAGGGUCCAACGUGAAGGGAGCCAUCUUCGAAGAGAUGCUGACACCUUUGCACAUGUCUCAGAGCGUGAGAUAAGUGGAAAAGAGGGGAGCACGGUAUCUCCCCAGCUGAGAGUGCAAAUCACCUCCAAUGCAGUGUUCAGCGGACUGAUUCAGAACCUAUUUAAAGCCUGAAGUGUUGCUUUUCCCUGCUGCCUUCGCUUCAUGAGGUGACCCCUCUCUCCGGACUCCUGUUUUGACAAGAGUGUUUCUGCCAUCGCAUUGCACACCGGGAACCAAGUUACUUUAGUUUUGAGUUUGAUGUGGGGCUUCCAUAACUGGUUUGUGGAGCAAAUUUUUAAAAUAUGUUUACACACACACACACAGAAUAUUAGAUAGACAGGGAUGAGUUAGAAGCAUGUCAGUUUGUUAAGCAUGGAACCCUAAGGCGAGUUAUCAUAUACGUAUUUGAGCCUGCUUAUACCUCAUUUUCUGUAAUGUGUACAAAUGGUACUUGCAGGAUAAGGGAGCAUAGCAAUGAGGUGCAGAGGUGACCCAGAGCUUCCAUAUCUGGCUCUGAUCACUUGACAUAACCAAUGUAAGGUAUGAGAUAUUUUGCACAGUUUGCAUCCUACAGGAGUACAGUGUCAGAAAAUUAGCUAAACUAUUUAGUGUGGAUCAUAUAAAGAAGUUUUCUAACAGCUUUGCUUUCUGCAUAUGGUAGAAUGAACCUUUUGUAAUAUGUAGAUGGGAAUUUAUUCUAAAAUGGCAUCACUGUUACAGUGUUAAAGCAGCACUAUGUUACGGUUCAGUCCCUGUUGCUGCUCGCUCUUGCUUUGGGCACCUGGUUUAAUGGGCUGAUCCUAAAAGUAGGGACCUUUUGUUGGUCUUUAAUCUUCAUUGACUGACAAAAGCCAGCAGCGAAGGGCACUGUGUAAAGAUUAAUGUGAGAUGCCCAUUAGGGCUUACUGACUGGAAGGUCCCAGACCAUAACACUGAUUAACUGUUGUCAGCUGCUCAACGGGUGAAGCCGUGAGCUGGCGAGGGUAGUCACUAGUCAGUACACUUGUUCGUUCUCCACCCUGGCAGGUGGUGGGGAAAGAAUCCUUGAAUCCCUGGGUGUCCAAGGUAUGGCCAUGUGCGUAAAGUACCAGAGAGUACCUGUUGCGGUACCCAGCCUGCGUCGAUGUCCCCAACAGAAGGGAGUGGGAUAAUUACGAGGGAGGAAAGAGACAUUGUGGGAAUGCUGCUGCCCUGACUACAGGUGAGAAACUUUCCCUGAGCCAUCAAAAACAUUACCUGAGGAAAGGGGAGAAGUGUACUGUUAUUCUGGGAGUUCGAAGCCUUUCAGGUUGUGGGAUUUUAUACAACAGGCAAUGGGUUCACUGAUCUGGAAUCUGCAUUGCAGACUGAGGUGGAGGCAGGGAACUGAGUCGACUUGCUCUGGUUCUGAUGCUACAAGUGAUCAGUCCAUGAGCUGUUGUACAGGCUACAAGUGAUCAGUCCACGGGCUGUUGUACAGGCUGGAAUUGUUCAGUCUACUGCCAUCUGCCGUAAACAUCUUUGUUCCUCCUAAUCCCAAUUAGAACAGUUUUAAAAACCUGCAUUUACAUAACACCUUAUCCUCAAACUUCUGAAAGUGUUUUACCUACAGUGAAGACUUUGAUUUGCGGUAAUCUUUGUGAGCAUGUGGGCUUCUAUGGAAACUGUACAAAGGUGGAUGUAUCCAAGUUUUGACCUGUGUUGUGCACAGGAAAACACAAUCAGUCAUGCUCUAUUUAUUUUCCAGCUCUGUGAAAAGUGAAAUCCCACAAGUAACUAGCAGCGCUCAACUGAUUUUUGCCAUCAACUGCCAAACUAUCAAGAAAGUUCACUGAAUGGGAUGGUGCAUUUACAUUGUCUGUAUCCACAGCAGCUGUGACAGUUGACUCUGGUUUACUACUGGCCAUUCCCCUUGCCUUCUGCCACAUACUGCGAAUUUCCCAGGUUGGUCACACCGGGAGUAGCUUGGCUUGGCAGCACUCUGCACGUUGAAGUAAACCAGCCUUUGCACAAAUCCAUGCACAAUGCAUCGCAUUGGUCCCACUAGUCCAGUCGGUGCACUUGCCUCUGUUACUACACCAGGAUCCUCUCCGAAGAUUCACCAAGCAUCAACCCCCAUCCUUUAGUUUGUCGUUGGGUGGAGUUUGGGAAAGAGGGAGAUAAGAGGCAUGGUUAUCACUCACAACACUAAGCACGAGCGCAAGUUUACUGUUGGUGUUCUGUAGUCCUCAUGAGCACCUCUCCAUUUGGUUUCAAUUAGUCAAUGCAGUAUUGUACAAUUGUUCAUUAAAGAAUCUUUGUAGGGCACUUUGAA